CGUCGUGAUAACGACGUUUCCGCUCAGAAUUUAUGGAACACAUUUGUCCGACGGUACGCGAACUCAUCCCAGCCUGAAAGUCUCCGUAAAUGGAGGAGGAAAGUAUGGAGGAGUAAAGUUGGAGUCUCUGUCCUCCGGCCGUUACAACCGGAGAGUAUUUCUGCCUCCGCUGCAGUCUCCGGUGAAGAGGAGCAACCGCAAAGGGCAUGAAAUCUCAACUCAGCUUCGCACCGAAGAACCAAGCGACGCAAUGGCAGCCUGCGGAAGAAGAACUAGACCCAAGUUACUUUUCUUCCUCUUUGGUGCCACUUUAUUAGGGUGUCUGAUAUUUCUUAAACACAACUCUGGGGAGUCGCCCGCAGCAAAUCGACGACAGACGCCCGUGGAGGAGAGAGACUUGUUGAGGGACGAGGACCUGAAGAAGCCCGUUUAUGAAAAGCCUCCGUUAGAUUUAAAUGCCCUGGGUGAGUUAGGGAGAGCCGUCAAACUGAAUCUGAACAAAGAGGAGGCCAAAAAACAGGAGUUGAGCAUCAGCAAACACCAGAUCAACGUUUAUGUCAGUGACAAAGUGUCCCUGCACCGCAGGCUGCCGGAGAGGUGGAACCCGCUUUGCAAAAAGCUGAAGUAUGAUUACCGAACAUUACCCACCACAUCUGUGGUCAUUGCGUUCUACAACGAGGCUUGGUCUACCCUACUGAGGACAGUCCACAGUGUCCUCGAGACGUCCCCAGAGAAGGAGAUCGUUCUGGUGGAUGACUACAGUGACAGAGCUCACUUGAAAGAGCCCUUGGAAAAUUACAUCUCAAAUUUGCGCAAGGUGCGUCUGGUACGUGCUACCAAGAGGGAGGGACUAGUGCGGGCCAGGCUGCUGGGAGCAUCCAUUACUACGGGUGACGUGCUGACCUUCCUAGACUGUCACUGCGAGUGUCAUGAGGGCUGGUUAGAGCCCCUGCUCCACAGGAUCAAGGAGGAACCGUCGGCUGUGGUUUGCCCCGUCAUUGAUGUGAUUGACUGGAACACCUUUCAGUACUUGGGAAACCCUGGGGAACCUCAGAUCGGGGGGUUUGAUUGGCGACUGGUCUUCACGUGGCACUCUGUCCCUGAUUAUGAGCAGAAACGGCGCCGCUCACCCACUGAUGUCAUCAGAUCUCCUACCAUGGCCGGUGGCUUGUUUGCCGUGAGCAAGAACUACUUCCAUUACCUGGGAACAUACGACACCGGGAUGGAGGUGUGGGGAGGGGAGAACCUGGAGUUUUCAUUUAGAAUCUGGCAGUGUGGGGGCAGCCUGGAGAUCCACCCAUGCUCCCACGUGGGCCACGUUUUCCCCAACAAGGCGCCGUACUCCCGCAGCAAAGCUCUGGCCAACAGCGUCAGAGCAGCCGAAGUUUGGAUGGAAGACUACAAGGAUUUGUUCUACCAUCGAAACCCUAGUGCCAGACUGGAGGCCUAUGGGGAUGUGACAGAGAGGAUACGACUCAAAGAGAGGCUGGGCUGUAAGAGCUUCAAGUGGUUCCUGGAGAAUAUUUACCCUGACAUCCAUGUCCCGGAGGAUCGACCAGGCAUGUUUGGAAUGUUCCAGAACCGAGGAAAGGCCAACUACUGCUUUGACUACAAUCCUGUAGAUGAACACGUGGUUGCGGGUCAAAGGGUCAUCCUCUACCCAUGUCAUGGCAUGGGUCAAAACCAGUUCUUUGAAUACUCGACAGACGGUGAGAUCCGCUACAACACCAGAGAACCUGCCGGAUGUGUGGCGGGAGACAACGUCAGCACCUAUCUGACUGUGCAGCUUUGCAGAAAGUGGGGACAACCUGUACCUGUGGAUCAGAAGUUUGUCCUCAAAAAGGACGGGCAUCUGUUCCAUUUGUCGAGCCAGAAGUGUGUCCAGGCCAUAGACAACACAGACAACGGAGGUCCAGCUCCGUCACUUCAGACCUGCUCCGACAGCCUCCAUCAAAAAUGGUUCUUCCAGGAGAGGUUGUGACAACCUCAAUCCUGAAGAGGGUUUUACAAGAACUGUUCGAGGCUAGGUCUGAAGAAAGAACAGACUGAAUCCUUGGAACUUUGUUGGUUUUUUUAAAUACGUGUGCCUUGCUCUAACAAAGAGCCCAAAUGAGGAAGCUCCACUUCCUCCAGCAGCUGGAUUAAAUUAAUCAUCUGGAAAAUGUUCUGUUAAGUUAAACUGGUUCGUACUAAUCUACACUUUGAUACUGUUGCUGGAUGACAAGAACUUUUGGAAUGUGAUUUUUUAAUUUUCUUUCUAAGCAAGGGUUGACAAUCUUGUAAACUCAAUUUUUUGUUGUUGUAUUUUUCUUGACUUUAAUGUUGGUGAAACAUGACCAAAUCAAGUCCACUUGGUGGAUAAACACUGAAACAACAGCUACAAUAUACGUGCAAAAUAGUAGUAGCUUGUGGUGGCUGCCAUUACAGUGAUUUCAGUGUCUCAACGUGAGGCACUGAAGUGAGUUUCUAACUUGUCCGCUAGAGGGAGAUAAAGGACCUCACAAAACUUCACUUUAAUCUGCUCUGCUGUUGUGUUUCAGACAAACUGGAGUAAAUCUUCAGGUAUUUAUGAGGACCUCUUUUCAGGACGCAUCAUUUCACUGCAUGCCGCUCCGGGGAGAGUCGGAGUAGGGGAGGGGGUUAGCCUUUACAUCACAGACGUUACGCAAGGACACACACGAAAAAAUGAAAGCCAAAAAAAAAUUAUAUAUAUAUAUCCUUUCAAAGACAGAUUUCACAGAAUGCCUUUGAAAAUGACAGACAGUGAUGGCAGCACCCCUGCUGCUGCAGCGUCUGCAUGACAACAGUUUACAGAUUUGACAUGACAGAUGAGACAAAUACCUGCUUUAAUACCACACUCAUCGUCAAAAUUAAAGAAAUAUAUUUAUAUUAAGUGGAGACGAAAACGAUUUUCAUUAGCUAUUUUUUUGCUACUGCUAUUCAGUGAAGAUGAAAAACCUUUUUGGGUUCUUUAACUUGUCUGUCUGAAAUUCUCUGAGGUACUGAUUGUAGUGGGUGGGUCAAGGAGGUGGUGGGUGUGGCAGUGGGCAGUAGAUGGAGUUAAAUUUAAUUACUCUCCAGAGAGGGUUUUUUUUUUCUCCUUCUCAUACUUGUUCAUUUGGAAAGCGUUGAAGUUUCUGACGAUGGAAGUCUUUAUUUUAGUGGUGAGACAUUUUGUCCCUAAAAAUAUAAUUGUGAGAAACCUCAGAGCGUAAUGAGGUGUUUGGACGCAGAUGGAUCUAGUUGCGACUUCAUUUGUGUCUGCUGAGUGUAUACGCAGACCUGGAGAUGUCCCAUGAGUCCAUUCAUAGACUCCGUGGCUUGUACUGAUCUGUGAACUCUGACUCUGUUUCCAUUUGUCAGAGUUGGACAACUAUGGAUCCCUCCAUUUGAAGCUGCAGUCACCGUGUGGCUGUGCCUCAGGCUACGCACAGGGAAUAAGGAGAAGGAGCUCUGGACAGUUGUCCGUGUCUCCAGAGUGCUGCCAUGGCAGAUGGCGUUCUGAUUGAUUUUCUUUUUUUGGAUGUCUCCCAAUUCUUUGACGCCCACUCUUCCUCUCCGUGUCUGAGGGCUGCAUCACAAGACUUAUCGCGUGGACAGUUUGAAGCCAAAAACCUCCACAGAUGAGUCCUUGGAUGCCAGCGUCCCGGGGAGCGUGAUGUAUGAACAGAAGUGGUUGACUGUACAGUUUUUGACAGCACAAGCAGAUAAUGGAGGAUACUGAAUGAAGCAAUCUGUGACCUCUUCCUUACCAUUAACCUUCAGAGCCGUUGGCCCAUCAGUCUCGGAGGACCGCGGUGUGCGAUUGAUGUUAUGGGAUGAUUCUACUCAAACAGAUUUUGCUAUUGAUUCAGAAUGUGUGCUCACAACAUGAUGAAUGGGAUGGAAGAUGCGGUUUUGCCAGCACCCCAGCUGGGACGACCGUGGGAGAACUGACUCUGCCAAAUAUAAUGGAUGCACAUUAAUAAGCAAUAAAUAAUUGUUGCAGCACUUAAAGCUGAAGGGACAAUGUAAAAGAGCAGGAGUGAAAAAUUACAAAUAAAUUAUCAUCUGUAGGAUGAGGCUAUAAAAUAAGGCUGCACUCACACUACAGCUCCAUUUCUAUUGUUUACAUUAUUAUUUAAAUGUAAUUACCAUCAGACUGCAGGGUGAACAGUGUGAAGUGGCCCACAUACUGUAAAAUAGGCCAAAAAAGUCAGAUUGCUGGAUCCGAUUUUGGGUCCUAUGGCCAAAAAAGUCAUGUUUGGUUAACUUUUUUCUGCAGAGUAGACAUUGAAGCAUUUCCCAACAUGAGGUAAUUCAGUUCAGUUAUUUAUUGUCUGGCUGUUUCCAGGUGUGUAUGGUUCAUGGUGCAGAGGGAGCAGUAUUUGUCUCAAUGCUGUGUGAUGGGGGGUGAAUGAGCCAGCUGUGUGUGGGGACAUACUCAAUAAAAGUGUCUGGUAUUGUCUUGAUAACACUUUUAUGAAUAAUUCUUCAGUCACCGGCGAUUCGUAAAACCGUGCGAACGGCUUAUCUUCUCCUGGUUCAGGCCUUUACUCUGUGUCGUCCAUGAAAGAUCACCGGGUUCAGGUGAAACGGCUGCUUUAACACGGCGCUCAUGCUUUAUACAUUAAACACUUAGGAAGUGACAGCUUUUCCAUUUUCCUCCGUCUGCGUCUUAAGCCUGUGAGUGCGCUGAAAAUAUUCCAUCCCAUUAUUCAGGAGGGCUUAUUUAUUGUUCACUGUGGCCAUCUGUUAUUCCAGACAUGUCCCACAUAUGGAGGCAUUAUAUUGUAUGCUAAUUUGAUACUCCACAGGCUGCUGCAGCAGAAUUGAUGUUCACCAGGAGGCCGCCUGUGUAUCCAGCAGGUCACGUUGGGCCUUUUUUGUCGCGCAGACCUCGACCGCUGUGAAUUAUGUUGAUCGUCCAACACUGAAGUGGUUAAAUAUUUGAACGACGACUCCUAACUGAAGACACUAAUGAACACGUGCAAUGAUCAAAUGACAGUAAUGGUAUUCUAAGAAGUGACUGAAGUGGACUUAGGUUAUUAUUAGAACGUUAAAGAAUGUGAUUUGUCUGUUUUGUUAUUGUUACUUCCAAUAAAUGGACUUCAUCUGGU